AGGAGUGCUCCAUAUUCGUGUACCUAGCUACCUACCUAUUCCUCAUAUCUAUGCAUUUGAUAUUUUUUUUCUGAUAAUGUUCACGAGCUCUACAUUGACACCGUAAAUUGUAUGGUUUUCGUAGAAUUUUUUCCACGUAAGGUACAAACGUGGUGUUUUUUACAUCGUAGUUUUCAAAACACUGUAGUUCAGUAGGUACUACAUACCAAUCAAUGUCCGUUCUGUACAGUGAAAUUCUGUUCGAUGGCUUCGUACGUUACUAUUCCAUUCAAGGAUUCAGAAAUUCGAGGUAUUGAGAAAACUUCUUUAAACGAGAAAAUAUAUUAUGCGUUUUUAGGCAUUCCUUAUGCUGAGCCUCCGAUAGGAGAUCUAAGAUUCAAGGCUCCUCAACCUUUAAAAAAUUUCCCAAAAUAUCUCGAUGCUACUAAAUUCAAAAGUAGCUGUAUCCAAUACAAUGAGCUACACAAAUUGGACAUGGGCAGUGAAGAUUGUUUGCAUGUGAACAUUUUUAUUCCAAAACUUCCUACAACUGAUUCGCUAUCACCAGUGAUGUUAUAUUUUCAUGGAGGGUCGUAUUUAUGUCUAACUGCCAACUCAAUGACCCCUCAUUUACUCAUUGAGCACGACAUUGUCAUCGUAUCGUUUAAUUUCAGAUUGCACGCUUUAGGAUUUCUUGAUUUGGGUAUACCAGACUGUCCUGGAAAUGUUGGCUUAAAAGAUCAAGUGCUUGCUUUACAAUGGGUUAAAGAAAAUAUCAAAUAUUUUGGCGGUGAUCCGGAUAACAUAACAUUGUUUGGAAUGAGUUCAGGAGCUGCAUCUGCUCACAUGUUGAUCAUGUCACCAAUGCACCAAAAUUUAGCGAAUAAAUUAAUCCUAAUCGGAAGUAACGCUUUAAAUACAUGGCACGUGAACCCCGAACCAUUGAAAAUUGCUUUUGAAUUGGGUCGAAAAUUUGGAUACGAAGGCGAUGAUAAGGAAGCGCUUUUGAAGUUGUUAAAAUCUGUUUCCGCUGAAGAAAUAUUAAAAGCUGUACUGACGAUUUAUAAAGAAAAUAUCAAGCUGCCGAGAAGUUACUCGUUUCGACCUACUGUGGAAUGCAUCAAAGAAGGAGCAUUUUUACCAGACUUGCCCCAAAAAUUAUGGAGAGAAGUAAAUAACAUAACCGUAAUUAAUGGGAUAAAUGAAAAUGAAGGAACAGUCAUUCUGAGAAAUCCAGAGUUUGCUCAACUAAUCGUUCAACAUGAUGCUCUGAAAAAUGUCAUAUUUGAUAUGACGUCUGUUAAAGAAGAUUUUCUAGAAAGUAUGUUCCAAGAGAUAAUUUCUUUCUACGGAAUAGCUGAAAAGGAUAACCCAGAAAAUUACGUAGCGAGGGUGAAUCUUCUUACAGAUUUAUUGCUAAGACACGUUUAUACAAUACCUGAAUUUUUACCCUCAAUUUCAAGUACAUGUUCACUUUAUAACUAUCAAUUUGCGUAUCGUGGAACCCGUAACAUAAUGACAAAUGCAUGGAAAGAACGUAUACCGCAAAAUAUAAUAGAAGGUACUUUUCACGCUGAUGAUGUCGGUUACCUGGUUAUUCAGAAGAAAUGGAACACGCCAGAAAGUGAUAGAAAAGUGGCACAAACAGUUUGCACUCUGUGGACAAAUUUUGUAAAAUACGGAAAUCCUAACGGCGAAAUUUUCAAUAAUUUAUGGGUUCCUUCAUCCAAAGAAAAUCCGUGCUACUUACAAAUAGAUGAAAACUUGACUAUGAAAAAUGAAGAUUUUAAUUUGGAGAGAGCCAAUUUUUGGAAACAUUUGACAGAAAAAUAUUCUUUAUGAAGUUCCUAAAGUCACUCAGCUAUGUACAAAUAGGCAAAGACGGAGAACAGUGAAUUGAAUACACAAAAAAUUCGAUCUACUUAUAUCGUAUAGCGUAUAAGUAUUUUAGGGACACUUGCGCAAAUACCUAUUUGAAAGAAAAUAUAAAAUUUUAUUAAUAAUUUAUUUUAAAAAUAUUUGAAUUCAACACAUAAACUGCACAUACGUAA